UUCUGUGUUUUCCCUUGCAUUUCCCGAUUUUUUCAGUGAUAGGGGUGCGGAAAAGUGUAAAAAAUCCGCUGAAAACCCUCUUGAAGAAAUUCCCAAAUAGUAUCAUUAGUCAAUUAACAAAUAAAUAGGCUAGAUAGGGAUGUUUUGUUGAUUGUUGAUGGAUGUUCUAAUAGGAAUCAAAAAUGGGUGCAAAUAUCUCCCAGCUUGAGCGUGAUAUCGGAUCUGAUCAAUUUCCACCCAAUGAGCACUACUUUGGGCUAGUUAACUUUGGCAAUACAUGCUACAGCAAUUCUGUGCUACAGGCCCUCUACUUCUGUCGUCCCUUCCGUGAGAAGGUGCUGGAGUACAAGGCCAAGAACAAACGCACCAAGGAGACACUGCUGUCCUGCCUGGCGGAUUUGUUCUACAGCAUUGCCACCCAGAAGAAGAAAGUGGGCUCAAUAGCACCGAAGAAGUUCAUCGCGAGGCUGCGGAAGGAGAAGGAGGAAUUUGACAAUUACAUGCAGCAGGAUGCUCAUGAAUUUCUCAAUUUUCUCAUCAAUCACAUCAAUGAGAUCAUCCUGGCGGAGAGGAAUCAGCACGGGAAGGGCAAGGGAGGGGGGAAUACGGAGUCUCCGCCAGAGCCAACGUGGGUCCAUGAGAUAUUUCAGGGGAUACUCACCAGUGAGACGCGCUGCCUCAAUUGCGAGACAGUCAGCAGCAAAGAUGAGAAUUUCUUCGAUCUGCAGGUGGAUGUGGAUCAGAAUACCAGUAUCACGCACUGCCUCAAGUGCUUCAGCAAUACAGAAACCCUCUGCAGUGACAACAAGUUCAAAUGUGACAAUUGCUGCAGCUACCAGGAAGCUCAGAAGAGGAUGCGCGUAAAGAAGCUGCCGAUGAUCCUGGCGCUGCAUCUCAAGCGUUUCAAGUACAUGGAGCAAUACAACAGACACAUCAAAGUAUCCCAUCGGGUGGUCUUUCCACUCGAACUCAGACUCUUCAACACGUCCGAUGAUGCCCUCAAUCCUGAUCGACUCUACGAUCUCAUGGCUGUUGUCAUUCACUGUGGAUCCGGACCAAAUCGCGGUCACUACAUUUCCAUCGUCAAGAGCCACGGAUUCUGGCUGCUCUUUGACGACGACAUGGUCGAUAAAAUCGAGGCGUGUACCAUUGAAGAUUUUUAUGGAUUGCCCACUUCAGACAUUCAGAAAUCAUCCGAGACUGGCUACAUUCUCUUCUACCAGUCACGGGAUUGCCUCUGAAAGUCCCUUCUGCCCAGCCUCAAAUCCCUUUCCCCCUCCUAUCUCUAAUAUUUAUUGCAAAAGAAAGUAUCCUCUAAUUUAUUGUCUUCACGCGUUUAGAUGGUGAUUCCUUUUCUGUUAAUGAAGAGCAUUUUGUAGAGAGUGAAAUAAGCCUGUUACUAGACAUGUUUGUAAAAUUAUGUUGAUCACAUGCAGCAAUGAAGAAAACAAAAGCCACUUAGCCAUA